AUGGCAUUGACGUUACGAGAAAUCGUGCUUUGCGCGAUCCUCAUCUUCGUCAUUGGAGUCUCUGUUUUGAAUCAAACAUUAUCGCCAACAUCCAUCUCUCAAAUCGUCCAACCAUCAACUCCUCAUGAUCAAACCUCCUCGUCUUCAUCAUCAUCAAGUAACCAAGACAAGAAUUUACGUUUGAACAACCUUCAAAUCAUUGGCACACACAACAGCUACCACCGUGAGGUCUCACUGUCCGAACGUGCCAUUUUCCCAUCUCUCAUGGCCAGCGUCGACCCUCGCGUCGAGGACUAUUUCUACUCGCACGCCUCAGUCACAGACCAACUCGAGCACCAGAGUGUGCGCAGUCUCGAGUUUGAUUUGUACGUCGACACCAAGGGCAGCCUGUACGCUGACCCGCUGAUCCGACGGCUUGCAAACAUGUCUGAAUCGGACAAGUUGCACUACGCCCUACCGCACCGGACGAUGCAAAAGCCCGGCACAAAAGUGCUGCACAUUGCAGACGCAGACGUCGGAACCAUAUGCCACACACUGGUCGACUGUCUGACUGAAGUGAAAACAUGGUCACGUAGUAAAAAAGGACAGCACGUGCCGAUUCCGAUCCUGCUCGAAUUUAAAAUGACCGAGACGGGGGUUAUCGACCAGGGAGGCGUGCGGGCUGAGGAAUGGACGGUGGAAACGCUAGACAUUGUCGACGCAGAAAUUCGCUCGGUUUUUGACGACGACGAGCUCAUCACACCAGACCAGAUACGCAAACAGGCCCAAGAGGCCACAGGCAAGCAGGAUCUAACCCUCGAACAAGCCAUCCUCUCCUCUGCCGAUGGCGGCGGAUGGCCUACCUUGUCUUCUUCCCGCGGCAAGGUAUUUUUCGUCAUGGACAAUGAACCAACACACCCAAUCCAAAUCCGAGAACCGUACCGCAGCGGCGGACGCGGGAAUCUCGAAGGCAGGGUGAUAUUCACAAACUCUCUACCUGGCGAACCCGACGCCGCCUUUAUCAAGCGGAAUGACCCAUUGACCGGUGAUAAUAAGCGCGAGAUCCAGGAUUUGGUGGCCAAGGGUUAUUUCAUUCGGAGUCGCGCCGACGAGCCAAUUCAGAUGCUCCUGCGGAAUGAAACGGAUAUGCGCGAGGCAGCUCUGGCGAGUGGUGCGCAUGUUGUUAGUACGGAUUGGCCUGCUGUUGGGAUGAGUGCGAGGUAUAGCAGUGACUAUGUAGCAAAGUUGCCUGGGGGUGGGACAGCAAGGUGCAAUCCUGUAAACGCUCCUACUGCAUGCAAUGACGCUGUUUUGGAAGAUUUACAUAUUUAG